CAGGGAUGCACACACAUGUGCGUGCACACAAACCCACCUGAAGAAUCCUGCUGGGGAGAAGUGGAAGCAAAUGGGUCUUCAUCCUCAGACAAUAUUUGUGGAGACACCUGUGUGGCUGAGCAGGACAGAGCUAGUCCGUCCCCCUCCACCCUGCCGGAAUCCCCUGGUCACAACUCUCCUGGUAGCUUCUUACUGCUGGGUCUUAAGAGGGUGUUUGUGCGGCUGGUCGACUGCAGGAAAAUACCAGGGCAGAGUGGAACUGUGAGAGAAGGACACGAGGAGGGAGAUCUGAUUUCAUCAAGGGACACCCCGUACUGUUGUUCUCUUAGUGGGAGGGGCUUAUCAUCUGGGGAGCCUCAACAUCCUGUUGCUGACGAGACAGAGAAGAGUGUCUCCAGAUCAGAACAUCUCAAGAAACACCAGCAGAGACGUACACGGAAGAAACCUCACCACUGCUGCUCUGACUGUGGGAAGAGUUUCACAAACCAGAGUGGCUUCAUUAUUCACUGUGAUCAGUGUGGGAAGAGUUUUGCUGCAUCUAACACCUUGAAAUCUAAUGUAAGAAUUCAUACAGGGGAGAAGCCUUAUCCCUGUCUUGAUUGUGGGAAAAGCUUUGUUAGUGCAGGAGCCUUAACUGUACACCAGCGAGUACACACUGGAGAGAAGCCUUAUAGCUGUGAUCAGUGUGGAAAGAGCUUCAAUAAGUCAGUCCACCUGACUACACACCAGCUAAUACACACUGGAGUGAAGCCUUAUAGCUGUGAUCAGUGUGGGAAGAGCUUCAAUAAGUCAGUCCACCUGACUACACACCAGCGAACACACACUGGAGAGAAACCUUAUAGCUGUGAUCAGUGUGGGAAUAGCUUUGCUGUAGCUUCCUCCCUGACUAGACACCAGGUAACACACACUGGAGAGAAACCUUACAGCUGUGAUCACUGUGGGAAGAGCUUUGCUGUAGCUUCCUCCCUAACUAGACACCAGGUAACACACACUGGAGAGAGAACCUAUGUCUGUCUAUGUGGGAAGAGCUUUGCUCUAGCUUCCACCCUGACUGCACACCAGCGAACACACACUGGAGAGAAGCCUUAUAGCUGUGAUCAGUGUGGGAAGAGCUUUGCUGUAUCAGAAAAACGAACUAUACAUCAGCGAACACACACUGGAGAGAAGCCUUAUAGCUGUUAUCAGUGUGGGAAGAGCUUUGCUGUAUCAGAAAAACUAACUAGACACCAGCGAACACACACAGGAGAGAAGCCUUAUAGCUGUGAUCAGUGUUGGAAGAGCUUCAAUCAGUCAGUCCACCUGACAACACACCAACUGACACACACUGGAGAGAAACCUUACAGCUGUGAUCAGUGUGGGAAGAGCUUUGCUGCAGCUUCCACCCUGAAUCGACACCAUCGAACACACACUGGAGAGAAGCCUUACAGAUGUGAUAACUGUGGAAAGAGCUUCAGUCAAUCAGGGAGCCUGAUUUCACACCAGCGAACACACACUAGAGAGAAACCCUAUGUUUGUCUAUGUAGGAAGCGCUUUGCUCAUUUAGGGAAUAUGAGAAAACACCAGAAAGCUAAAAUGUGCCGUAUUUCCUCUCCCUCCUAUCUGUCACCGGUUCCAGAUCCAUAAAUAAAGGAUCAAUAGAAAACAUCUAGUGAACAGUCAUAUCCAUCUCCCAUUCUUAAACAGUUGCCUUAGUCUGAUCACCAUGGUAACCUUUAGAGCAUAAUAUGCAGCUCUGAUCUAGGAUCAGGUCUCCCCUGUGUCUCUGUAAUAUUACACAUCUAAAUGGAUAAAUGUUAUCAUAGGAAAUGUCAGUGAACCCGUGUGUGUGGGGGGAGGGGGUGAUGUUGAUAAUUGUAUAUUUUCAUAUACUCAUGAUAUUAUUAAAUAGGUGUAUAUUCAUGUAUUCAAUUGAUCAAUAAACUUCUAAACAAGAAGUUA